GUGUUUUAUUUGCGCAUGUCGAACGUUGCGUUAGCUGCUGCAAAGAGAAAGUCAGUCUAUAGAUCUACCAUCAGCUGUGUAUCGAUAAAGUGUGGUGAACAUAUUCAUAAAACUAACAACGGUAGUUGUUAUUCUUAAUCAUUGAGCCUAGAAAGCAGCUAUAUAAUUAAAAGAGGAUGAACCACCUUACAUCAAUUUGAACCUUUACCUACGCAUACCAUAAAGAUGCAAGUUGGCAGCAAAACAAGUGAUUCUUCGUAUUCUUUGUAUCAAAUGACUCCAAACGGUAGUAAAAAUCCACUUAGUUCGCAGCUUGGGUCACAGGACGUUAACGAUGCGCCUAUGAGCUGGACUUCAAAUGUCAAGCAGGAAAAUCAGCGUCCUCCUGUGUUUAAUCCGGAGGACUACGUUAUAUCACUCAAAAAGUACGGUCGACGGGGAUCAAACGGGAAUUUUAAAUCAAUUUACGAUACAUUAAGUAGCGAGGACUCGGGGAGUUACGAAAAAUUAGCUGACAAUGAUCGAUCACAAACCUUGCCCUCUAAAAACUCGGAUUACCGUUUGCCUAUACCUACGCUGCCGGAAAUGGACGGUGAAAUGACACUCCGUCAGUUCGGCUCUGUGACCGAUUUACUGACGAAAUUGCGGGCAGAUCUUCGAGCCUCGUUCCCUAGCUUUGUGCAAGAAUUUGUGUCAAGCCCACUGGAUGGUGUCAGUUUACUGUUGGAAGUGCUGAGAGCAGUUCAGCUCAGUCAAAGUGCUCCGAUGAAUGGUACGACAACGCUUCAUGGGGGAUUAGUCCGGAAUAAUCAGUCCUACCAACGUCGCGCUCUGCUGGAUGAACUAGCUUGCUUACAAUGCCUAAGCAUCUGCUGUCUGAGAAGCCCUGAAGCAGGAGUACGAUUGGGUACCACACCGAUCGGACUGCUUCCAUUAGCUGCCGCAGCCACUGGAACGGGCAUACGUUCGCGUAUUGUCGCUCUACAGUUGCUAACGAUUGCUUGCGACAAAUCGACAGUAUGCGACGGCACACAACGUAGCCAGAUGCAAGGCCACACGGCGGUUUCGGAAGCGCUCUCAACACUGCGGCUGCGUUGCGCCGAGCCUGUUCGAUUUCGAUUGCUCGUGGGUAUGCUCAACAGUGGUGGUGGCUCCGGUGAGCUACAGGCAAUUGGGAUGCGAUUCAUCAACACAUUCCUCGAGAGCGCAGAGAGCACCCAAACGAGGCUCUAUCUGCAGGCCGAAUUAUUUCAAGCAGGACUAGAUGCAUCGCAGAUGUGUAAGACCAUAUCGUCAUCUUCGCCUUGGAUGGAGCUGCUUCGUGGCGAGGUGAAACGUUGGGAUUCCAUACGCAUCGACAUCGAGCAGCUACAGCAACAGGCUCAAUCUGCUGAACAAGUGCGUAGUCGAUUAGUUAUUCUGGAACGCCGUGUACAAAUUUUACACGAAGAGAAAACAGUUCUAACUACGAUUGAGCGACGAUUGCAGGAGCGAUGUGCGGAGUUACAGAGAGAAGUUCUCCGCCUGAAAGGUGUCGGUGCUAAGUCUAGCAACGUCAGUGGUUGCUCUAACAGGCUCGAACUAUCGAGUGUUUGCAAUCUAGAAAACCGACCAGUGGCCUUGCCUCGUCAGGUCCCCCCACAGGAGAAACUAAAUAAUACCUCAGAGAACGACGACGAAGGGAUAAGCAGUUCGGAGACUGGACAGUCGUCUACACCGGAGCCACCGCGCUUAUUCCCGGCCAAGGACGAUGAUUCAAAUGCGAGCUCACACAAGUUCAGUAUCGCAUUGACGCAGAAAAACGCAGCUCCCAUGCAUGAGCAUAGUGGAGGAGUGGCCGAAGAUGACACAAACGCGACGAUUGAGGACGUAAUCGAAGAGUUGCAGAACAUUGUAAAUGACGCGGAGCGUGAAAUUUCCGAUCAAAACGAAAUUCUCUUCCGACAGUUGGAUAAUAAACCCGAUCAAAUGCUGUUCAGCUUAGAGAUCACAAACGAGCAUGAAAUAGUGCCGGUGAACUUGCUUCCGCAGCCACCUCGGAAGACGCGAUCGUUAGCUCACCUGAUCUCGAACUCCUCCGAAGGUGAAAGAUCUGCCUAUGAUCUGAUGGUUGUAAAUGGGGGGUUAAAAGGCGAUUUCUUUGAAGAUGAAGAGAACGCAAGAACCAACGAGCGCCUUCCACCAUUUGCCAACAACGGGUCACCCAGUGGUGUAAUUGCAGGGAAUUCUGAGCAAACUAUCCUUCCCGGUCCGGACGUCAUUAAUUCGACUUCGCGGGAAGCAACCGCCCAUCACAUGGCACAUCCAUGCCUAACACCGACAAAAGACUCCAACCGGGCCAUACUUAACGUCAUUAUGGACGCGCGGGACAUGGAGACACGUUUUUUACGGGUUCAAUCGUUGGAAUUCGAAAGGCAACCUCCUCAACCCACUGCUCCGCAACAAUUUAAUGGAGUUUUUUUCAUGACCGACAUGAACGGUACAGGAAAGUAUCCCAAGCCAGACAUCACUGCGGCAUUGGAGGCUAAACAAGUCACAAAAAAUUUGGAUCGCAUGGGUACAUAUGGUGUUGAUUCAAUGAUAGAUAUUGUGAUGACUAAUGAACAACGUUUAAUCAAAGCUAAUGCGUACGCGAAAUCGCGCAUCGCCGCAACAACAGGGCCUCCGAAUCCCGCAAGCAGUGCCGUCGUCAGCAAACUCUCCGGAAACUAUAACUUUAAGCUACGUCCUAACACAGGCGUAACACCGAUGUCCUGCAACACGCACGCUACUGGAAUAACACGCGAAACAAACCGUUGUCAAAGCAAUAUUGGAGGCUCGAAAGUAACUGACUUGCCUUCAGGAUUGUACUGAUCCUAGCUUGUAGUUGUAUUAAUUAAUAAUGUUGUGCAAUAUUCAUUAGUUAAGACAUGUUACUUUUCCAUUUCCUGAUAAUAUUAGACGUUCUCAGUCAAUCGAUGAUGAUUAAAAUCAAGAAACAGUUAUGGGUAGUGGAGGAAAGACAUCACUUUUCCUAGGCGAAAGUCUAGAAAUAAUAGGUUAUCACAAAAUAAGAGAAUGAGGUGGUUUCUAUUUUAUUUGAACUGAUUAUUAAAUGGAGUUUUGUUUUGUGUUUACUGAAACAUUUCAACGUAAAAUUGUUGUACACAAGGUUCUUAGUUUUAGGAGCAAAUAAUUACUCUAUAAGAAUCUUUUAUCUUACCUAAUAAAGACAUCCUGAAAAAAGGUUUCUUUCAGCUGUAA